UUUUGUUUACGAUUUCCUGUGUUGUUUUGGGUAAAGUGUUUUGAAAAAGUUGAAAAAUCCAGCAGAAAUGUCGUUUAUUGACUUUGAAAGUGCCGCAGAGAAGGAAAAGAUUCGACAGGAGCUUCGAUCUGUGCGGGAGAAAUUGCUGGAGAAGGCGGAAUUCAAUGCAAAAAGACGAGAUGAAAUUGCAGCUCACAGAAAAAUUAAUCAAUGGAUGUUGCCAUCAGUUUCAGAGAAAAUAGAAAAAUCCCAGGCCAUGAGUAAGCCCAAGAAGCAAAAGAAGCAGAAGAAAGAGAAAAAGUCCAAGAAGGAGAAAAGUAAAAAGAAAUCCAAGAAGAAGAAAAAGAGGAAAUCAUCCAGUGAUGACGAUUCCAGUGAUUCAGUGGAAGUUAUCCCAAAGAAAUCUCAUCGGAAGGAAUCAUCUUCAAGUACUUCAUCUUCUGAAGAUGAAUGGGUUGAAAAGGGAUCGUGUGCUAAGGCUGAUGACAAGCCUGCAGUCCGGGAUGAGUGGAUGUCUUCGGGUUUCCUUCUACCGACCUUCCGUAAGGAAGAAACCUCCACUAAAAACGAGAAGAGUACCUACGAAGCGUAUGAUCCAUCCAAGAGCUCGAGAGAGUUGAAUCCACAUUGGAAAGAUGGAGGAUCAGGUCUUCCUAGCGCUUUUAUGAAACCUUCAGAAGAUUUCAUGUCUCCAUCAGUAAGCUCUUCGCAUUUCUCUUCAGCAAAACGUCAGAAAUGGAAGAAGAUUCCUGAGACAAAAGUAUCCAAGGACAAAAGCCCAUCAUCAGGGUCAGAGUCAUCAUCAUCUGAAAGCGAGAAAAGCCCAGAGAGACAGUCAAAAUCUCCUUCAAGGCAGGAAAAAGCCGAAGCAAAUGACUUCCUGAGUGAUGUUCAAAUUAAUGAACUGGGAGCCAAGAUGAUUAAGGCAGAGAUAAUGGGAAACUCAGAAUUAGCAGCAGAGCUCAAGAUGAAGCUGGAAAAGGCCAAGGCUUGCAGAGAAAAUGUCAAGGACCAAGUGAUAUCACAGAGGAAUCAGAAACCCGAGAAGAAAGAUACGGAAGAAGUUAUCUUGAGUGCAACGGAUUCUCGUGGAGUAACUCGACCUGUCUCCUUCAAAGAAGACUCAGAUCUAUGGGGAGGACGCCGUGGGAGCAAGAAGAAGCGUCCAAAAGUCGAGACUCAUACAGAAACCGGAGAGAGAGCGAGAUUCUUCCCAGAUGACGAUCGCCGGAGCCUCCGGGAAAUGUUCGAAGCUGAGAAAUUGGUCAGUGUAAGUGACUCAGAUGCUCAGUACGCCAAGAUUGCUGGCAAGAAGCGUCGUCAGGGGGAUGAUCUUGAAGAUAUCUUUGCCGAGGAAGUUCGCAGGGAUUUGGGAGAUGACGAAAAGAGUGCCAGGGAUCGAGAUAGGGCGAUCAGGGAUCAUGAACGUUUGUCCAGAACCCUAGAAACUUGCGAGAUGUGCUUCGAUUCGGCAAAAAUGGCUAAAGAACUCAUUGUAGCCAUGGGCAGCAAAGUUUACCUGAGCCUUCCAUGGCAUGAAGCCCUUCAAACUGGUCACUGCAUAAUAUCACCAAUUCAGCAUGUCUCAUGCUCGACCCAGCUCGAUGAGGAAGUCUGGCGUGAGGUUCAGGAUUUCCAGACAACCCUCAUUCGCAUGUUUUCAGCCCAGAAAAAAGAUUGUGUCUUCUAUGAGAUUGCCAAUAAACUCCACAGGCGUCCCCAUCUAACCAUUCACUGUGUUCCGAGUACACAGUUCGAAUUGGCGCCCUUCUACUUCAAAAAGGCCAUACAGGAGUCCGAAUCUGAAUGGGCACAGAAUCGUCAAUUGAUUGACCUCAAGAAGGAAGCCAAAAGUGUUCGAAGAGCAAUUCCACGUGGACUUCCGUAUUUCUGGGUGUCUUUUACAGAACACCCGGGAUUUGCACAUGUCAUUGAGGAUCAGGAGAGAUUUCCAGAGAAUUUUGCAAUGGAAAUUCUCGGAGGACUUCUCAAUCUCGAUGCCAGGCGAUGGAGGAAACCUCGCCGGGAGAUCAAUAUUAUCCAAAAAGUCAAACAAUUUGCAGAUUAUUGGAAAAAAUACGACAUAACAAAAUAAAAUUUUUGUAAAUAUGUACAAAAGUUAAUAAAAUAUUGUUUUAACAAAUUUA